CGAGGGAGACGCGGCCGGAGACAGGCCAUGGGGUGCGGGGCGCGGGGCUGGGGCUGCCUGCUGCUGGCCGUUGCCACCGCCCUGAUGCUGCCCUCAAAGCCCCCCGGCUCCCGGGGGGCCCGGAUCAUCGGGGGGCACGAGGUGGCACCCCACGCGCGGCCCUACAUGGCGUCCGUGCGCUUCGAGGGCCAGCACCACUGUGGCGGCUUCCUGCUGCGCGCCCGCUGGGUGGUCUCAGCCGCCCACUGCCUCCACGGCAGAGACCCCCGCACGGGCCUGGUGGUGCUGGGAGCUCACGCCCUGCACGCCCCCGAGACCACCCAGCAGGUGUUUGGCAUCGCCGCCGCCAUCAGUCACCCCAACUACAAGCCCGAGACACACACCAGUGACGUCUGCCUGCUGAGGCUGAACGGCUCGGCCACCCUGGGUCCCGCUGUGGGGCUGCUGCAGCUGCCGCGCCGAGGGGCCGGGCCGCCCGCGGCAGGGACGCGGUGCCGCGUGGACGGCUGGGGCUUCCUGUCCAACUUUGAGGAGGUGCCAGCCGGGCUGAUGGAGGCCGACGUCCGCGUGCUGGACCCCCGCGUCUGCAACAGCUCCUGGGGCGGCCGGCUGGGCCCCGCGCUGCUCUGCACCCGCAGCACUGACCGCCGGCGUCGCGGCUUCUGCUCGGCGGACUCUGGGGGGCCCCUGGUGUGCGGGAGCCGGGCCCACGGCCUCGUCUCCUUCUCGGGCCUCUGGUGCGGAGACCCCAAGACCCCCGACGUAUACACACAGCUGUCUGCCUUCGUGUCCUGGAUCUGGGACGUGGUCCGGCGCCCACCCCGCCCCAGCCCCCUGCCCGAGACCCCUAGGACCACCCCAGGGGCUGCUGCCUGAACCAGGCCCGGCUGGGCCUGCAGAGGAGGCAGCCAACCACACCAAGCAGCUCUGGCCUGGAAUAUUCCAUUCUGGGAAGCCUGGGGGUGUGGGGUGUGGGGUAUGGGUUCCAAGCAAUGAAAAGAAAACGGCCAAAUCAGACAGAAUAAAGCGCUGACUGACUGUCAGCUCCGACGGU